AUGGCUGAUGAUGGCAUGCUUCUCAAUUUUUCGAUACCCGAAACAGUCAUCAAACCAGAAGUCAAAAUCAAAGGUGGUUCAUGGCGGGAUCGACUUUCAGCGAAAAAACUCGCCCAAGGCAAACGGGCUCCUCGAUCCAGAGUACUGAGAACCCAUGGCGCAGGCCAAUCUGGCGAUAAUCCCAAUAAUGUGCAUAUAGGCGAACGGAGAGAACCAUCUUCACACCCAAAUAAGAGGCCAAGAACAGAUGGCGCUGAUUUUCGUCCCUCAACGUCCGCGAAUGGACAACCCCGCGGAGGACCACCUGGAGGAGGUCGAGGACCGAAACCGAAACAGAUUAUUUCGUCCUUAUUCUCGUACAAUCCAAUUUCCAAGGAGGCUGAGGAGGGUGAUAAUAGAGCCGAAGAUCAAGCGGAUGAUGUCGAAGUGAAGCCGUCCAAUGCGCCAUUGAUCGACGGAAUCGAAGAUUUCACAGCGCUCGGUCUAGCCCCGACACUGGCAGCGCAUUUAUUGGCAAAGAUGGAGUUAAAGGCACCUACGGCGAUUCAAAAGGCAUCCAUACCACAGUUAGUGAAGGAAGAUAGCGAUGCGUUUAUUCAGGCGCAAACGGGUUCCGGAAAGACGCUGGCAUAUCUUUUACCACUCGUGCAAAGAAUAAUAAACCUUAAGAAUAGUGGUGCUAUAUCGAAUAACAACGGUAAGGGCAGUGGAGAUUCGAUUCAUCGUGAUGCUGGUCUAUUUGCUAUCGUGUUGGCGCCGACUCGAGAACUUUGUAAACAAAUUUCAGUGGUCCUGGAGAAUCUACUGCGGUGCGCUCAUUGGAUUGUUGCGGGUACAGUCAUUGGUGGAGAAAAAAAGAAGUCUGAAAAGGCCAGAUUGAGGAAGGGUUUGAAUAUUCUCGUUGCAACACCAGGUCGACUGGCGGAUCAUUUGGACAACACCAAGGUAUUAGAUGUGAGCAAUGUACGAUGGCUCAUUCUGGACGAGGGAGAUCGCUUGAUGGACCUGGGAUUCGAGGAGGAGAUACACGGGAUUGUGAAGAAACUCGACGCAAGACAGCGGCCGAGUUCAAUUAUUGGUCUCCCGACGAAAAGAACGACGGUGCUUUGUUCUGCCACUUUGAAGAUGAACGUACAACGAUUGGGAGAGAUCAGUCUGAAGGAUGCAGUACACAUCAAGGCAGAUCCUACCGAUACGGAUGGAAAAGACGGAAAUGAGGAGGAAGAGAAGGAUACAUUUACAGUGCCGGCGCAGCUUCAACAAUCGUACAUCGUUGCAGCUGCGAAGUUACGUCUGGUUACACUUACGGCUCUAAUGAAGCGUACAUUUAUGCGCAAAGGAUCUGUCAUGAAAGCGAUCAUAUUUGUUUCGUGUGCUGAUUCUGUCGAAUUUCAUUUUGAGGUCUUCACGCGUAAGGACGACUCGUCUGCUACUACGGAGACACAGCCAGCAGAGUCAUCUGAUGAGAGUGACACGGAGGAGAGUGACGCUGAGGAAAAAGAAAAAAGCAAUGCUAAUGAUAAAACGUCUCAACAUGGCACCAUCGGUAGUGUAACUGCAUUCUCAAACCCGUCUAAUCCAGUUACUAUACACAAGCUCCAUGGUUCAUUACCACAACACGUCCGUACCUCGACACUUGGUGCAUUCGCCAAAAGCAAAGAAGCCGCAGUCCUCAUUUGCACUGAUGUCGCAUCUCGAGGUCUCGAUUUGCCUAACAUCGAUCUUGUCGUCGAAUACGACCCGGCUUUUAGCUCUGACGAACAUCUCCACCGAAUCGGUCGUACAGCACGUCUCGGUCGCGAUGGUCGAGCAAUAGUAUUUCUCCUUCCAGGAAGCGAAGAAGGUUAUGUCGAUGUACUAAAACGCAGCUAUCGCGAUGGAGGCAAAGCACUUUCUCGAAUGAACGCAAAUGACGUCUUGAAACGUGGGUUUGGUGGGAAUACCGAUGCCACCAGCAAGGACUGGGAGGAGAAAGCUACAGAUUGGCAGUUGGAUGUCGAACGAUGGGCACUUGAGAAUCCGCAAUCUUUGGAACUUGCGCGACGAGCGUUUCAGUCUCAUAUUCGCGCGUAUGCCACUCAUGUUGCUGCUGAACGAAAUAUGUUCAAUAUAAAAGGGCUUCAUCUGGGUCAUUUGGCGAAGGCAUUUGCACUCCGCGACCGGCCGUCAAAGAUCAAUGUCCCUGGAUUGAGACAAUCGAAGGAUGAGACAAAGAAGGGUUUCAAGGCUGAUAGACGCGCCUCGGGUAAAUCUGCAGGUAACAAUGCAACUGAGAACAAGAAGCGAAAGGCCACUGGAGGUGACGAUGAUGUUCCACGUGAGACGAACAACGAUGACGCAGUUCGUAGAAUGCGUGCCAAGAUGCGAGAACUAACUGGAAGCGGUGCAAGCGAGUUCAACUUGGCCUAA